AGGAGGAAGUGGUAGUCCUUGUUCCCUUGGAUUCAAAGCUUGUGUCACCCAGGGCGGCCCAGCCCCCGCGUCAGCUCAGGUCGGGCGGAGGAGGGCUGCCGCUCUGGCCUGCGCCACGCAGCUGGAGGCGACCGGGAGGCGAUGGGGAGGCGGGCGCAGUCGACCCAAGGGUGGGGAAGUGGGAAGGCGAAGGACGCGCGUUCCCGGGCUCGUGACCGCUGGCGGCCCGGGGAAUCAGUGUCUAGACAGCCUUGGAGAGAUGGCAGGCGGCAGGCACUGGCGCGUCGUGGGCAAACUCCACCUGCUGCUACUGGCCGCCCUGCCCCUGGCAGCCCGGGGCGUCCGUCCGGACGACGCAGACUGGACGCAGGAGAAGGAUCAUCACCAACCAGCCAUUCUGAAUUCAUCGUCUCUUCAGCACAUUGCAGAAGGCACCAGUAUUUCUGAAAUGUGGCAAAAGGACUUACGACCACUGCUGAGAGAACGAUAUCCGGGAUCCCCCGGAAGCUACGCUGCUCGUCAGCACAUUAUGCGGCGAAUUCAGAGACUUCAGGCUGACUGGGUCUUGGAAGUAGACACCUUCUUGAGUCAGACACCGUAUGGAUACCGCUCUUUCUCGAACAUCAUCGGCACCCUCAAUCCCACUGCCAAACGACACUUGGUCCUCGCCUGCCACUACGACUCCAAAUAUUUUCCUCGCUGGAACAACAGGGUGUUUGUGGGAGCCACUGACUCAGCUGUGCCAUGUGCAAUGAUGUUGGAACUUGCCCGUGCUCUAGACAAGCAACUCCUUUCCAUGAAGAAUAUUUCAGACUCCAAGCCAGAUCUUUCACUCCAGCUGAUUUUCUUUGAUGGGGAGGAAGCUUUUCUUCACUGGUCUCCUCAAGAUUCUCUGUACGGAUCACGGCACUUGGCUGCAAAGAUGGCAUCGACUCCACACCCACCUGGAGCAAGAGGCACCAACCAACUGCACGGCAUGGAUUUAUUGGUUUUAUUGGAUUUAAUUGGAGCACCAAACCCAACAUUUCCCAAUUUUUUCCCGAAAACUGCCAGGUGGUUUGAUAGACUUCAGACAAUUGAAUAUGAACUCCAUCAACUGGGUUUGCUCAAGGAUCACUCUUGGGAGAGGCCGUAUUUCCAGAAUUAUGGCUCUGGAGGUGUGAUUCAGGAUGACCACAUUCCAUUUUUAAGAAAAGGUGUUCCAAUUCUGCAUUUGAUACCAACUCCUUUCCCUGAAGUCUGGCACACCAUGGAUGACACUGAAGAACACUUGGAUGAAUCAACUAUUGACAACCUUAACAAAAUCAUACAAGUCUUUGUGUCGGAAUAUCUUCAUUUGUAAUAUUCUGAUUUAGUUUAUGAUAAUUGCUUUGUUCAAAAGUCAAGGUAUUAUUUAAAAUAAUCUGAUUUCAGACAAAUGCUGUUCGAAGCUUCUGUCCUAUAGAUUCAUUCUGUAGGUGUCUUUGAAUAUGUGAUCAAUGAGUCCUAGAAUUACACUGUGUCCUAAAUUGAUCAUUAAUUUUCAUCUAGAGAUAAGAAUGGGAACAUGGAAGGAAAACAGAAAGCAAGGUUCUUUUAAAAAUUCCUUUAAAUAAAAACUAUGAAGCUAAAUCAGAAUUAUUUAUUCAAUAUCAUGG